AUGAGCCACGUAAAACACAUCCACAAAGGGUCACUAGAGAGGUUUUUAGAUCUUCUCUUGAUCGCUCUUUUUGUUUUGAUGACUCUUAAAGGCGGCACGAGUGGGGCGUGUGCCGCGUGCAAAUACCAACGUAGACGCUGCGCCGCGGACUGCCCCCUCGCGCCUUACUUCCCCGCUGAACAGCCAAAACUGUUCCAAAACGUUCACAGGCUCUUCGGCGUAAGAAGCAUCGUCAAGAUCCUCGAAAGACUCGACGAAACUCAGAAGCCUGAAGCCAUGAAAUCUAUCAUAUUCCAGUCUUAUGUCCGUGACCGUUCUCCUGUCCACGGCUGCCUAGGCGUCACACAACAGCUUCAAUACAUGAUUUGGCUCGCCGAAGAGGAACUCAAAGCUGUCAAUUCACAACUACAACUAUAUCGCUCUCAACAACAUCAACAUAACGGUCCAACACAAACUCCUCACGAUCAUCAUAAUCAAAUGAUACAUGACCUCGGUCUUGAUAAUAAACAUCAAGAAGAUGUUACAUCGCAGCUCGAUUUGGGAAUGGGACUUAACCUUAACAAUAAUCAAAGCAAUGUGGUUGCACCAUUCUUUAGUCCUUUACCAGUUUCCGAAACGCAACAGCCUCAAAUGUCUUACACGUAUAGUUGUAGUGAGGUCAAUAACAAUGUCUACAGUCCUCCGGCUUAUAAUACAGAUUCGGGCAAGGAGAUUCUCACAAACAAUAACAAUGCUUGGGGUGUUCAGAAUCGAUAUGAUAUGUAUAACGACAACAAUGGAGGAGGAGGGUUCAGCAACCAAAACGAGAACGUUCACGAGAUGAAGAGCAAUAACGGUGUAGUAGGGAUACAAUCACAGCUAGUUAAUCUUCAAAUGGCAUCAAACCAUCGGCAACAAGAAGAAGAAGAUGCUCAUGAAUACGAUGAAAUCCAUCAGUUCCUUCAAAUCAUCGACGAUAGGCAAUCAUUUGCGGAUUCUAAAGAAGCGUACGCCUCAAGCUCUGGUGAAACGUUGAAGGAACACAAUAUUGAUGAAAUUGGAGAGAAUGAAUUGAGAAGUGCAGCUACUUGCUUCAGUCUAACCAGUGUGAAUUGAAUUGAUUUAUCAGUUCAUGAUCUUUAACGUUCUUUUUUUGGUUCCACGUCGUCUCUGAAGUUUUG